AUGAGCAAAUGCCAGGUUAUUGUUUCAGAUGGCAUCACACUUGGACAUCCCUGUUGUGGGGAGUUUUGCUGCAUGACUCCCCUUGCAAACAACCAGGAUCAUUUCUGCCCCAUACACUAUGCACUACACAAUGUAUGCAGUGUUGUAGGCUGCAAUGAGCUGAUUGUUGAUGGUACAAAGAGCUGCACCCAUCCCAAGCAUCAGACAAUGGAGAGAUUGAAGUUCCAGAAGGGAAAAGCAGCAUUCACGCUGAGGGAUUGA